AAAAAGUACAGGGGUCUCAGAAGGUGCUAAUGAAUUUUAGAAAAGUAACUUACUGCUCACAAAGUUUGUAACUUCUAUUUUAAAUUUUUUUGCAGCCCUUACAGUCUUCAGCAAUAUCUUUUACACACAUCUUUUACAUUGUAUAGUUAUUUUCUCAUGGUAAGAAUAGACUGGCCAUACCUUUUGGUCUCAUCAAUAGUCGUUUGGGGUUUUUUUGCUUUAAAGUCAUGGUUCUGAGAUGAUGUCUGGGGUUUUAUGGUGCAGUACAUAUUUCUUAAAGCCUUUACGUGAUAUCUGUGGUGCUCCAAAGUGUCUAUGCAAAGAGAUUGCAGAAUUAAAGAUCUCUGUAGAUAAAGAUGUCUUUGUGUAACAUGGUACGUGCAAUGGUACGUGAGAGCAUUUCUGUUAGGUUUUUGAUCUGUCAGUCUAGUAUUUUUCAGUGAAAAAUUUGCUUGCUUGUAAAAUAAAUUCUUUGUAUUCUUUGCUGUGUGGAAGUCCAUUCCUGCAUAACAGUUUACACAAUUUUAUUGAGAGGUUUGUGAAAAAUAUUUUCAAUGUCCUGUGGGAACAACUAGAAGAGAAUCUGAUGAUGAUUUCUUUCUCUCUUGUCUUUUGGUUCAAAAACAGGGAUGUUGUGGAAACACAAGAGCAUUAUAAGAGCAGGUGGCGAUCCAUCUGGAUUAUGUAUCUUACUAUGUUUCUCAGUAGUGUAGGUUUCUCAAUUGUAAUUAUGUCUGUGUGGCCAUAUCUCCAAAAGAUUGAUCCAACCGCAGAUGCGAGUUUCUUGGGCUGGAUUAUAGCUUCAUAUAGUAUUGGCCAAAUGGUUGCCUCUCCCCUGUUCGGCUUGUGGUCCAAUUACAGGCCAAGGAGAGAACCUCUUGUGGUUUCAACUGCUAUUUCAGUAGCUGCUAACUGUCUUUAUGCCUACGUCCAUGUACCUCACUCACACAACAAAUACUACAUGCUGACGGCGCGUGCCCUUGUGGGAUUUGGAGCAGGAAACGUGGCUGUAGUUCGAUCGUAUAUUGCAGGUGCCACUUCUCUUACGGAAAGAACAAGUGCCAUGGCCAAUACCAGUGCUUGCCAAGCAGUUGGUUUCAUAUUAGGACCAGUUUUUCAGACAUGUUUUACACUUAUUGGAGAAGAAGGAAUAACAUGGAAAUUAGUUCAUCUUCAGCUGAACAUGUAUACAGCACCAGUUUUAUUUGGAGCUAUCUUAGGAGUUAUUAAUAUUAUUCUCAUCUUUGCCAUAUUCAGAGAGCACCGAGUGGAUGACAUGGGUCGGCAGUGCAAAAGCAUCAAUUUUGAAGGAGAAGAAAAUGGUGCUCUCGAUCAGGACGCAGAAGGAAACGUUGACCAUGUUGCUGUGGUAGCAAUCAAUAUUCUUUUCUUUGUCAUCUUGUUCGUGUUUGCUGUCUUUGAAACUAUAGCUACUCCACUGACGAUGGAUAUGUAUUCCUGGACCAGGAAAGAAGCCGUUUUUUAUAAUGGAGUAAUCCUUAGUGUGGUUGGCAUUGAAUCAGUUAUUGUUUUCAUGGUGGUUAAAACGCUGUCUAAAAAGACCGGUGAGCGUGCCAUACUCCAUGGAGGCUUACUGAUUGUCUUGGUUGGAUUCUUUAUCUUACUGCCUUGGGGGAAAAAACUACCAAAUAUCCAGUGGCAAGAAAUAAAGAAUAACUCCAUUCCCAGAACAACUUCCACUGAAAUGUUAAUGCCUUUCUGGAGUUUGCAAGCAAUGCAGCUUCCAUCCAACCACACGGUGGAACCCGUAGGCUGCCCUGUCACACAGUCCUGGUGCCUGAAUACUCCCAUGAUCUAUCUGGCCCAGUAUAUCAGCUCUGAUAUACUAAUAGGAUUGGGCUAUCCAGUUUGUAAUGUCAUGUCCUACACUUUAUACUCAAAAAUUCUAGGACCGAAGCCUCAGGGUGUCUACAUGGGAUGGUUAACUGCGUCUGGAAGUGGAGCACGAAUACUUGGGCCUGUUUUUGUGAGCCAAAUAUACACUCACCUGGGACCACGCUGGGCAUUUAGCUUAAUCUGUGCUGUGGUUGUAGUCUCUCUCUUACUUUUGGAGAUAGUAUACAAGAGACUAAUUGCAUUUUCUGUCAGAUAUGGAAGGAUGCAAGAAGAGAGUUGUUAAAUAUGUUUGUUU